UUUUUUUUUUUUUUUUUUUUGUUUCCACCAUAGCUUUUCACUCUAAAAAAGUAGCCCGAGUAACAUAAAACUCGAUUAGUCUAGCAAUUUAGUGCAUACCAUGGGCGAGUUAAAGAGGAAACCAGACGAGUCAUGUAACAAAACUCAGGCAAGGCCUUUGUUUAUAUUAGAGGUGGUGGGUUCAAACCCCUACUUUACUUUUUUAAAAAAUAAAAUAAAAUAAAAAUCAAACCUUUUCACUCUAUAAAACUCAGCCAAGUAACACAAAACUCGACAAGUCCAUGGAAUUAGUGCAAAACUCGGGCAAGUUUCGAGAAAUCUAACGAGUUUUGUAACAACCUGACUCAUAUAGGAAGUUGGCAGAUUCUCAUGCUGAUCUCAGUUGACAUUGUCAAGUUCUAAAUUGACUUGCCAAGUUUCUGAAAAAUGCGUUACACAUAAGGAAAAAUGAUCAGAAUAAAGUGAAAAUAAAUCUAUUGUAGGAGUAAUUGUGCAAUUACUUUCUUAUAGACAAUUCAAUUGUAAUAUUUUCUGCCUAGUUUUUUUUCUUUCCUCUUUUCCUUCACCUUCUAGUUUUGGAUUCCAUUUUCAUAAAUGUAUGAAACUAUUGCACAGGGAAAUGGCAGAUGCUGUCGUCAGUAUUCUCCUAGAUAAUUUGGUGUCAUUACUUGAAAGCGAAGGUCGACAACUACUUGAAUUUGAUGACCGGUUUGAAGAAACAACGCAGGAGCUAAAGUAUAUGCAGAGCUAUCUCAAGGAUGCUGAUCAGGUGAAGAUAAAAGAGAGGAAUGAGACUUUCAAGACAAUAAUGAGAGACUUAAGAGAGCUGGUAUAUGAUGCUGAGGAUGUAAUAGCAGAUUGCCAUCUUCAAUUCCAUAAAAAAGACCAAGGGUGUGCACCCAAUUUUAUUAGUUAUUGCUCUCCUGCCCUUUUGAAAUCCCGCCGUCGGAUGGGAAAGCGGUUGAUGGAAACAAAUAAAAAAAUAAAAGUGGUGCAAGGGAAGAUGAAUUCCUACUUGCAAACAGCUCCUCGUCACACUGGCAAAGAUGAAGAUGGUAGGAAUAUGCCAUUGACCUACCCAAUCCUAAUGCAUGAAGCUGAAAUGGUAGGAUUAGAAGAUGACUCAGGAAAGGUUAGAAAUUGGAUCUUAAAAGCAGAUGGACCCUCAACAAUGAUUGGAAUAGUUGGAAUGGGGGGAAUCGGUAAAACCACACUCGCUCAAAAGAUAUGUCAUAGUGAGAGUGUGAAAAACUCUUUUCAUCACUUGGUUUUUGUUACUGUUUCUCAAAGUUUCAAAUUGGACGAAUUGCUAAAGAAGAUGUUAAAAAAGCUAGAUGUAAAAGAGGAAUCUCUGAGGGGAAUGGAUGUUGAGGAGCUAUUGGAAAGUCUCAACAGGAAAUUAGAUGCGAAAUACUUGGUAGUUUUGGACGAUGUUUGGCAAACAAAUGAAGGGAUGUGGUGGGAUAGCUUGAAGUCUGGUUUGCCCCGAGUGGAGGGUAGCUGCGUUAUUAUUACAACUAGGAAUGAAGAGGUUGCUAAAUCAAUGGGAGCUGCCAGCAGACACAUACACUAUCCCCAAACUCUUUCAAAACAAGAUAGUUGGUCCUUGUUCAGUAAAGUAGCUUUUGCAAGAACUGGAGGUAAGUGCACAAAUCCAGACUUGGAGGGCUUAGGAAAGGAGAUUGUUGCGAGGUGUGGGGGACUGCCAUUAACAAUCAAGGUUGUGGGUGGAAUGAUGCAGGGGAAGAGUGAUUCUAUCCAUGACUGGAGGGAUAUAUCAGAGCGCAAGGAGUUGGGAAUCGAUAAGAAUGAUGAACUGAUCAUUUCGAGACUACAAUUAAGCUACGAAGAGCUCCCAACACACUUAAAACCUUGCUUUUUGUGCUUUGCCAUGUUUACUGAAGAUUAUGAAAUUAAUGUUGGUGACAUGGUUAACUGGUGGAUUGGUGAGGGUUUUGUUUGGGGAAAAAAUGGGAAAACGGCAUUUGAGAUAGGAGAAGAAUGUAUUUCAGAAUUAUUUAAUCGAUUUUUGAUACUUGGAGUGGAUAAAGAUAUGUUCGAGAGAAGCUAUCUUAGUUGCAAAAUGCAUGAUAUGGUUCGAGAUAUGGUAAUAAGAAUUGCAAGAGAUGAGAGCUUUUUUGUGAGGUUGGACUGUGGAGGUAGUCCCGCAUUCAGUGAGCAGUCUCGCCGUUUGGGAAUUGUGAAGAAUACAGCUGUAGAGAGCAUCGGAAACAGUCCCACAAAGCUGCGGACGUUGGUUGGGAUGGACAUUCACAGCAUAGAGAUGAUUGCAAGUCUCAAAGCAAAAAUAUGCAAAGGAAGGUGGUUGAGGGUGUUAUCUCUUUCAUUGUCACGCAGCAAUCUCGAUAGAGAUGUGGUGUGCAGCGAUUGGUUGAGUGGGAUAGGGUCAUUACAGCACCUCGUUUAUCUUAACAUAGAGAGUAGUUCUGCCUUAAUAUCACUGCCCGAUUCAAUCGGAAAUCUUCGUAAUCUUCGGAUUCUACGUUUAUGGCUCUGCCCGAAUUUGAAUAGGCUUCCUGUGUCAAUCACAACAUUAGAGAAGCUAACAGUUAUCCAAAUUUAUGGGUGUGAAUCUUUAGAAUGCAUGCCGGAAGGGGUUGGAAAGCUUUCAAAUCUCGAACGGUUAGGAUGGUUUAGUCCUGUGAAUAAAAAUGGAUCCGGGAUUUCGGAGUUGAAGAGCUUGACAAAACUUAGAGAACUUUGGAUGGAGAUAAAGUCAGUGGAAGAAAUAGAAGAAGGGGAAUGGAAUGUCUUAUCAAUGCUCCAGCAUCUGCAAAUUCUAACGUUAGUUUUUGGGGGAAUUUCUGUUGAAAGAGAUGGAGAUGUAAGGAAGAUUGAAGGUGAGCUUUCUCCUCCUCUUAAAUCCCUGAGAGAGAUGCAUAUUUGGGACUGGCCAGGAGAAAGGACACCAGCGUGGCUCAGUCCUUCUUCCCUUCCCAAUCUUCAGUUUCUUGAGAUUUUUCGGGGAAGGAUUAGGGAGAUGGGUCCCAGAUUUUGGGACAGCGAGAGUGGGGUAUGGAAAGUGGAGGUAUUGGUGCUAUAUUGGAUAGAAGAGAUGGAAGAGGAAUGGCAGAGGAUGCAAAGGGCAAUGCCGUCUUUAAGACUCCUCAAGGUUAUCAACUGUCCGAAGCUCAAGUCAUUCCCAUUCGAUGUUACAGAUGAUCGUUGGCAUCAGAAGAUAUGGAGGAGAGAAGAAGAAGAUUCUGGCUUGCGUCUUAAAGGUGUCGUAGAAGAAGUAGAAGAAGAAGAAGCAGCUACGGGUGCUGUUGAAGAAGAAGAAAAAGGAUACAAGUUUUAUUCUCUUGCCAGAGAAGAAGAAGGUGACAAGUUUUAUUCUUUUGCCAGGGAAGAAGAAGGUACAUCGAUUCAGGAGAUUUUUUCCAAGUAGCUUGAGGAAAGGAGAUUUAUAUCUACAGGCAACUGCAAAAUUUCUGGCGCUUAUCAUCCAAUGUUCAUCAUCAGCUUUCUCACUUUCAACUUCCCAUCUCCAUUGAUAAAUCUGUGAACUCUUGUUCCUCCUCUUAGAUGGGCAGAAGUCUUAAACUUCUUUUUUAUAAUAUAUUCGUAGGCAAUAAACUUUUGGAAUUGAUAGUUUCUGAUACCUGGGGAUGUACUUGGUUUCACUAUUAGAUACAUUUCAUUGAUAUUAGUAGAUUUACAUGGCAUUUUUCCAUGGUAUGCACUUGUGUUUUUUAAAAGACUUAAAUUGAAUAUUGAGAAUAGCUUCGAGUGUGUAUAAUCAAGAGUAUUCAAGCCACUGGUGGUGGUGAAUACAGGAAAUUCAAAACCUUUCUUGAAAUAUGUGGUAAUACUCACGGUUUCUCUUGUA